AUGCAUUUUAUCGUGUAAUUGAAAUGGACCAGUGUGUUGAGCGAUUUCCCGUGCACAGAGCGGGAUUUCAAGUGAUAAGAUGUGCUUGACCAAGAAUCCGGAUGCAAGGGCCGAAUUUUCCUCCUCCGGCUACCUUUUGGAUGCGGCGCGGCUCACUCCCAACAUCGACUGGACACUCAACAAGAAUAGAUGAUUGACAUCCAACCCAUUAUGGUCUUCCCACCGGAGUCUAUUUCCUGUGGCAGAACUAUGUAAGGAGUCGCACUCUCGCUUGCAGGAGUCUGUCGAAAUGUCAGAACCCAUCCUGAACCCUGGAUAUGCAUGUGCAGAGUGCAGACGCCGCAAGACGCGCUGUGAUGGACUGCGCCCUGCUUGUGGACGGUGUCUGCGAUUGCGUCAACCAUGCGAGUUCGUCGAAGCGCGCCAGCGAAUUCCGUUAACAUCCCGCCUACAAGCCAAAAUUGCGGCCUUGGAAUCAGUUCUUGAAGCACUAUCCCGUCGACCAACCCUCCUGUCACGUCAGCUUGUGAAGCAGCUUGAGCAAGUGGGCCAGGAGCGAGGACGUACUCCUAAACCCACUUGCGCCUCACUCCCCAUAUUCCCUAUAGAGACUGUUCUGGACCCUCAAGCUCUUCAGGGGAGCAUUACGCCUUCCGAGCUUGAAACUAGAUAUGGUUCAUCAAUCGAGAGGUCAUGCGUGGAGGCUAUGUUCCACGAGUGGAAUCCCAAUUCCGAACUUCCCAGCGAACUCCACAUACUCUUGAUACGCCUCUUCUUACCAUUCCGAUCCCAAUUUAACUGUCACAUUGUACUGCCCCUCUUCCUUGACUCGCUUCGUCUUCCGGCAGUCCACCCUAUGGCGAUUCAUCAUUGCAUGCUCAAUGCCAUGUAUCUGGCUGCUUGCGCUACGAGCGGUGGUUAUCUGUCUAGAUUCGAGCCUAUCUUCCUUUCCCGAACUCGCAGUUCUCUUGAACAGUCGCUUGGUUUUGCGGACAGACUCUUUGACUUCAUGAGGGCAUCUGUUAUUCUAACGAUGUACUACAGCCAAGCGGGACGAGUACUCGAAGGAGUGAAUACCAUCUCGGCCCUGGUCGGCAUGGCGCUCGGUCAUGGGCUACACCAAGGGCAUAGUGAAAUUUCGCUCGGCAUUCAAGGUCUGCAUUCGUCAUCGGAUAGCUACGGGUCAGAGAGACUACAUGGCAUCAGUCGAUCAAAUCUGUGGUGCGACAUAUAUUUGACAGAUGUGAUUUUGUGCUCAGAAUAUGGAGUUAUGAGCACGGUGAAAGAAGAGGUGAGAUAUCUCCAAACUUGCUCUCGUGUUGCCGAUUUGAGGUCACUUCCAGAGCAUUCUACCAAUUUUACGGAUUCACCCAUCGGAACCAACCGUUGUCUAUUUGAACGUUCGAGUGCAAUCGUUGAACCAGCGUAUACGAACUUACGUGAUCCAGCGCCAGGGUUCCAGUGGUUCCAGUGGUGAUUUGAUUUCGAAAGUCAGUCACAUUAUCGCUGAUCCCGCUUUCAGGCAGUCCGCUCGAAUUUAGGACAUUUGAGGCUCUGGCAGUCGAGCUUUCGAAUAUCAAACGGUUGUUACCUCCGGUCAUUGAUCCCCGGGGGACAUCGCCAUGCGAGACCUACAGCUUUGCAAACCCAUUCUUG